AUUCCGCAAGUGGCACGUUCCCGUUCUCGUUCUUGUCUCGACAUUGUCGCGUUGUGCCUCGCCGUGUUCGGCCCCAAAAAUGGAAUACCAAUAAAAUAAAAUUUUAUACUCGUACACAAAGAGCAUAAAGAAUGAGCAGUGCGGUUUGCCGUAACGUAUGCAACGUGCAAUUGUUAUAAAAUAUAUAAAUUCAUAUUCCCAGUCCCCUGCCUAAGCCGCAGCACAUCCGUACACGGAUGGGGAAACCCCAGCGUCCAUUGUGCGACCGAGUUGAACAAUUGCACACGUUUUUAUGCGCUGGAAUGCAAGAAGUAUCGUCUGGAGGCGCCACACGCAGUGGCAGUGGGCGGAUCCGCACCUCAGCCCCCCCAACAAUGGUGGGUGGAUGCUGUAUCCCACUGGGAUUACCGCAACCUUUGCUGCUCGAGGAGAAGAAGUUCCUGCUGGCUGUGGAGCGUGGCGAUAUGCCGAAUGUACGCAGAAUCCUGCAGAAGGCGCUGCGCCAUCACCACAUCAACAUCAACUGCAUGGAUCCACUGGGCCGGCGAGCCCUCACUCUGGCCAUUGACAACGAGAACCUCGAGAUGGUUGAGCUGCUCGUCGUGAUGGGAGUGGAGACAAAGGACGCCCUGCUGCAUGCCAUCAAUGCGGAGUUUGUCGAGGCCGUCGAGUUGCUGCUCGAGCACGAGGAGCUCAUCUACAAGGAGGGCGAACUCUAUAGCUGGCAAAAGGUGGACAUCAAUACAGCUAUGUUUGCGCCGGAUAUCACGCCCCUUAUGCUGGCCGCUCAUAAGAACAACUUUGAGAUUUUGCGCAUUCUCUUGGAUCGGGGAGCGGCUGUGCCAGUGCCCCACGACAUACGUUGCGGCUGUGAGGAGUGUAUACGCCUCAUGGCCGAGGAUUCGCUGCGGCACUCCCUGUCGCGGGUGAACAUCUAUCGGGCCCUGUGCAGUCCCUCGCUGAUCUGCCUCACCUCCAGCGAUCCCAUCCUGACCGCCUUUCAGCUCUCCUGGGAUCUGCGGAACCUGGCGCUGACAGAGCAGGAGUGCAAGGCGGAGUACAUAGAGUUGCGGCGACAGUGCCAAAACUUCGCGGUGGAUCUGCUUGACCAGACGCGCACCUCCAACGAGCUGGCCAUCAUCCUCAACUACGAUCCGCAAAUGUCCAGCUACGAGCCAGGGGACCGCAUGAGUCUGUCACGUCUCGUCCAGGCCAUAUCCUACAAGCAGAAAAAGUUUGUGGCCCACUCGAACAUCCAGCAAUUGCUCUCCUCCAUUUGGUACGACGGCUUGCCUGGGUUCCGACGCAAGAGCAUCGUGGAUAAAAUCAUGUGCAUCGCACAGGUGGCCGUGCUCUUUCCCCUGUACUGUUUCAUCUACAUCUUUGCCCCCAACUGCCAGACGGGCCGACUGAUGCGGAAGCCAUUUAUGAAGUUUCUCAUCCAUGCCUCCUCGUAUUUGUUCUUUCUGUUCAUCCUGAUUCUGGUCUCGCAGCGGGCGGACGACGACUUUGUGCGCAUCUUCGGUACGGCGCGGAUGAAGGCGAAGCUCGUGGAGCAGGAGCUGCGUCAGCGGGGCCAGGCGCCCAGCAAGCUGGAGCUGGUCGUCGUCCUGUACGUAGCCGGAUUUAUGUGGGAGGAAGUGCAGGAGAUAUUCGCCGUGGGCAUGAAGAACUACCUGCGCAACAUGUGGAACUUUAUCGACUUCCUACGCAACACCCUCUAUGUGAGUGUCAUGUGUCUGAGGGCCUUCGCCUACAUCCAGCAGGCCACGGAAAUAGCCAGGGAUUCACAGAUGGCGUACAUUCCGCGCGAGAAGUGGCAUGACUUCGAUCCGCAGCUCAUAGCCGAGGGCCUCUUUGCGGCCGCCAAUGUCUUCUCCGCCCUGAAGCUGGUGCACCUGUUCAGCAUCAAUCCCCACCUGGGCCCCCUGCAGAUCUCGCUGGGCCGCAUGGUCAUCGACAUUGUCAAGUUCUUCUUCAUCUACAGCCUCGUGCUAUUCGCCUUCGCCUGUGGCCUCAAUCAGCUGCUCUGGUACUUUGCCGCCCUGGAGAAGAGCAAGUGCUAUGUCCUGCCGGGCGGGGAGGCGGACUGGGGCUCGCACGGCGACUCCUGCAUGAAGUGGCGUCGCUUUGGCAACCUGUUCGAGUCGUCGCAGUCCCUUUUCUGGGCCAGCUUCGGCAUGGUGGGCCUGGAUGACUUCGAGCUGAGCGGCAUCAAGUCCUACACCCGCUUCUGGGGCCUCCUCAUGUUCGGCUCGUAUAGCGUCAUCAAUGUGAUUGUGCUCCUGAAUCUGCUCAUUGCCAUGAUGUCCAAUUCGUAUGCCAUGAUUGAUGAGCACUCGGACACCGAGUGGAAGUUCGCCCGCACCAAGCUGUGGAUGAGCUAUUUCGAGGACAGCGCCACCCUGCCGCCGCCCUUCAAUGUGCUGCCCUCGGUGAAGUGGCUCAUUAGGCUGUUUCGAAAGUCCAGCAAGGUCAUCGAUCGGCAGCGUUCCAAGCAGAAGCGACUCGAGCAGGAGGAGUUCAACAAGUAUGACAACAUCAUGCGCUCCCUGGUGUGGCGCUAUGUGGCGGCCAUGCACCGCAAGUUCGAGCAGAAUCCCGUCUCCGAGGAUGACAUCAACGAGGUGAAGAGCGAAAUCAACACGAUGCGAUACGAGAUGCUGGAGAUAUUCGAGAACAGCGGCAUGGACGUGUCCUCGGCCAACAAAAAGGAGCGGCAAUCACGACCCCGACGCAUCAAGGUCUGGGAGCGGCGACUGAUGAAGGGCUUCCAGGUGGCUCCGGUGCAAACAAGCGGGGAAUCGGAUGCCUGCUGCAAUGUGAACGGCGAGGGCGACAUGCGGGAGAUCAAGGUCGAGAGCAUACCCUCCAGACCAGCCAAGGAGACGGCACGCGAGAGAUUCCAGCGAGUGGCGCGCACUGUGCUGCUGCAGUCCAGCACCCACAAGUGGAAUGUGGUGCUUCAGGGCACGCUGCCAAACUCCCAGAUCGGACGCUGCACCAAGAACGAGCGCAAGAACCUGCAAAAUCUAGGCAAGGCCAUCGAAGAGGCCAAGCGGCUUAUCAUGCUCAAUCCAGGCACUUCCUCGGGCCGUGAGUCGCCCAUCCGCAUCGAGUUCGAGGAUGAGAAGUCGAGCACCCUGCUGCAGUUGCUCAACCAGAUCAGCGAGGAGAUCAGCGACCGCGAGCGUCUACGAAUCAAAUCCAUUUGGCGGCCACCGCUAAAAUCCGUAACCGCUCGGGCCAUGGCAGCCAACCAUGGCAGGUCACACACGGCGCCCGAGCUGAAGAUUAGCAGAAAGUCCCUACCAGCUCCGCCACCAGCACCAGCAACAGCACCAGCUACAGCUCCUACUUCAAGUGGCAUUUCUCGGCUGGCUAGCAAUCGGUCUCGAGAGCUGCCUUUGUGCCCAAGCAAACUAGUGACGGCUGCGCCUGCUGUCCAGAAAUCUCAAGCUCCCACAGCUUCAGCUACAUCCUCGCGAACUCCCUUCUCCGUGGAGCGAAAGGGCCCUGGCCAUAGCUCAGAUGGUAUGCCGGCGGGCAAUCCAAACUCCUUCGACAUCCACGUGGUUGAUCUGGAUGAGAGGAGUAGGCGCGUCGGCGGGGAUAAUUGUUCCGAUAUUAGCUCCAUUGCCAGCACGAGUCCCCAGCGGCCAAAGAGAGGAAACUAAAUGUGAUUGUGGCACGGACACUGACACUGACACUGGCAUAGUCACAGACUCUGGUGAUAAGUCUCCCUCCAAAUGGGGGCCAGUAGCAGCAGAUGCCUCACAAAUCUAUCUACAAAUACUUCACUUGCGAGUUCACUCGACAAACAAUAAAAUUAUUUAGCCAAACUCU